AUGGGAAAAGGGAAUGGAAAUUCGAAUUAUACAGUGAACCCACCUCAAGAACAGGACCUUACACCCUCCAACUCCUCCAAUGUCCCAGUACUAGAAGAAAAAGAACCGGAACAAGUAGAUGAAUCUCACAGUCUAUUACCCUCACAACUCCGGUCAACUGACAAUAAUGAAAAAAUCGAACAAGAAGAUGUAGAAGAAGCUGCGUAUGAAUCCCGGGAAAAGAUUUUAAUUCUUGAUUUUGAAUUGGAUUCCACUAGCUCCACAGAUUUUAGCAGUGUGCCACCGUUUUCGUUUAAGAAAUUGUGGUUAUUUACGGGUCCUGGGUUUUUGAUGAGUAUUGCGUUCUUGGAUCCUGGUAAUUUGGAGGGGGAUCUGCAGGCCGGAGCAAUUGCCGGCUAUUCGUUACUCUGGUUAUUGAUGUGGGCAACGGUUAUGGGUCUGUUGAUCCAGCUUCUAUCUGUGAGGGUGGGUGUGGCAACCGGCCGGCACUUGUCGGAGCUGUGCCGGGAGGAGUACCCUGAUUGGGCCCGGCUUUUGCUUUGGUUCAUGGCGGAGCUGGCUUUGAUUGGGGCGGAUAUUCAGGAGGUGAUUGGCAGUGCCAUUGCUAUUAAGAUUUUGAGCCGUGGGGUGAUCCCCCUUUGGGCUGGUGUCUUGAUUACGGCUUCUGAUUGUUUUAUGUUUUUACUUCUUGAAAACUAUGGAGUGAGGAAAUUGGAAGCUGUUUUCGCAGUUCUUAUUGCAACAAUGGCACUUUCAUUUGCUUGGAUGUUUGCUGACACUAAACCCAGUGGAAAGGAGCUUCUGAUAGGUCUCUUGGUUCCAAAGCUCAGCUCAAGAACAAUUCGACAAGCUGUGGGAGUUGUGGGUUGUGUAAUAAUGCCUCAUAAUGUUUUUCUACAUUCUGCUUUGGUGCAGUCAAGAAAGAUUGACCCUGACAAGAAAGGCCAGGUCCAGGAGGCCAUUAAUUAUUACGCAAUCGAGUCCUCAGUUGCUCUUCUUGUCUCCUUCAUGAUCAAUCUAUUUGUCACAACUGUCUUUGCUAAAGGGUUCUAUGGCACUGGGCAGAGUAGUACAAUUACUGGCACAUAUGCUGGGCAGUUUAUAAUGGGAGGAUUUCUUAACCUUCGUUUAAAGAAAUCUUUGAGGGCACUAAUAACUCGAAGUUGUGCAAUAGUACCAACUAUAAUUGUGGCACUCGUUUUCAACAAAUCAGAAGCAUCCUUAGAUAUAUUGAAUGAAUGGCUCAAUGUCCUACAGUCUAUGCAGAUACCUUUUGCACUGAUCCCACUUCUCACCUUGGUGUCGAAGGAGCAGGUCAUGGGAGUCUUCAAAAUUGGACCUGCACUUGAGAGAACUGCUUGGACAGUAGCUGGCCUCGUGAUAGUGAUUAAUGGAUAUCUUUUGCUCGACUUUUUUCUGUCUGAAGUUAAUGGACUGCUUUUUGGUUUUCUCAUUUGUGCUGGAACAGCAGUUUAUGUAGCAUUUAUUGCAUAUCUUAUUUCACAUAGCGGUAGCGAACUGUCAAAUUGGUUAAACCGAUUAAUCUCGAAGGGGAAUUCUUAUGCUGGACAUUGA